AUGGCCCGACGAGGGAAGCCAACCGAGAUCUGGUCCGACAAUGGGACCAACUUCCACGGCGCAGACGCAGAGCUACGUCGCGCCGCCAUAGAAGCAAGUCGCGAAGACGCGGCUAAUCAUCGUAUACGCUGGCGGUUCAUCAGCCCCAGCGCACCAUUCAUGGGCGGAGCGUGGGAACGUCUCGUCCGCUCCGUGAAAACAGCAUUAGCCGCCACUCUGCAUGAGCGGCACCCUUCGGAAGAAACAUUAGUCACACUGCUUGCAAACUCCGGAAGUUUUGAAGACACCGAUAUCGAUAGCCGGAGUCACUGGAAGAGAGCGCAGCGGCUAGCAGACCACUUCUGGAGCCGAUGGCUCCGGGAGUACCUACCGGAACUUCAACACCGGCGGGAGCCCCGCGGCACGGGGCAACCUCUGCGCAUCGGGGACUUAGUCCUGAUCGUCGACUCCAAUCUCCCGCGCAACACAUGGCCGCGCGGGAGAGUAAUAGCAGUGUUUCCCGGCCCAGACGGCGUCAUCCGAGUGGCCGACAUCCAGACCAAGAAUGGCGUGCUGAGGAGGCCAACCAAACGACUCGUGGUCCUGCCAACGGGAGUUGCUGAUAGUGAAGAGCGGGCUCCGGAACCAGACAAGGCUCCUGCAGCGCCCUCAACGACCGCUGCAGCGGCGGGAGAAUAA